CCUUACAGGUGCUGACUGAAAAUGAACAAAGACAAACACAUCGAUGACGAUGACGAUGAUGACAGCGACCAGUUUGAACAGUUUCUGGAGAAUUUUAACCAACUUGAACUGCUGGAGACACACAGGCAUUUGAUUCCUGUGGGAACUCAGAGCUGUUGGUCGGGACAGUCUGAUGAUGAGGAUGAUGAACAGGAAAGGAGCGAGGAAUGGUAUGAAACACAAGAAAAAAAAAUGGAAAAAAAUCCAGAGAAAUUGCUGCUUUGGGCAGCGGAAAACAACCGGCUGAGUACAGUGAAGAGGCUCCUUUCCGAAAAGCUGGCUCCAGUGAACACUCGUGAUGAGGAUCAGUACACUCCUCUCCAUCGAGCUGCCUACAGCGGCCACUUGGACAUUGCCCAUGAACUGGUGGCCCAAGGGGCAGACGUUCACGCGCAGACAGUGGACGGCUGGACGCCUCUGCACAGCGCCUGUAAGUGGAACAACACCAGCGUGGCGGCGUUCUUACUUCAGCAGGGCGCAGACAUCAACGCGCAGACAAACGGUUUGCUGACACCGUUGCAUAUCGCUGCCGGAAACAAAAACAGUCGCGAAACCCUUGAACUCUUGCUGAUGAAUCGCUACGUGAAACCAGACCUGAGAAACAACUUGGAUGAAACGGCCCUUGACAUUGCUAGGAGGACUGAUGUAUAUCACUGCCUUUUUGAAAUAGUAGAAGACUGCAUAAAUGCUGUGUCCCCUUAA